AUCCUGCUGUCAACGUUUUCAUCUUCUGGUUUAUAUUUUUUCGCCAUUGUUUAUAUCUUUGAAUCUAUAAGAAGUUAGGGUUUUAGGAUUUCUAAAUCUAGUGGUUUUGGUGCUGAAUUAGUGUGGGGGGUUAGAAUGGAAGAACAAUUGGGGAACGGCAUGGUGUUGAGGUCGAAAACGACGCAGGAGUUGGCGAUGGAAGGGCAGAAGUACUUGGAAGAAACCAUAGAGUUCGCUUUCCAGAUCCUCUCUUCCAUGAACGACGAGCUCUGCAACCCUGUUCUGUGGUCCACCUCUCCCUCCGCCACUUCUACCUCCCCCAAUGCCCCCUCCGCCACCACUGACUCCGCUUCAGACAACUCAAAUCUUCACUCUGACGGCGCCACAGCCUCUGCCGGCGCUGGAGGCGCCCUCGAAGAGGCUCGCUUGCGGUACAAGAACGCUGUCGCCACGCUUCGGACAAUUCUCACUGCCAUUCCUAACUCCCAGAAGUCAAAAUCAUUUGAUACCGGUUCAGCUGCUAGCCCUGCAGAUGAAGCUGAAAUUGACAAGUUGGAGGAGCGAGCCUCAUCUCUAAGAAGGGAGCUUGCCAACAAGAACUUGCUCUUGAAGACACUAAUAGAUCAACUGCGUGAUCUUAUCACUGAUAUAUCAACAUGGCAAAGUCCUUUAUCAACCUAAAGUAUGAGACGAAUACUUAAAUUUGUGGAGCGGUCACGAAUAUGGAAACCUGAUUCUGAGUAAAUGACAAUAAGGCUUGAACUUUUCCAUAUGAAGGUGUAUAAGUUGAUCUCAAUAUGUUCUCAUCCUAUGGGUUUAGAAAAUUCUUAAUGAUGAUAGUUUGCAUUUUGUAGAUUUUUUCCUUAUAAAUUUUGUAAAAGAAAUUGUACUUUCUUUUGAACCUUAGAGAAGGAUUCCUGUAUUUUGUCUGAGAUGAAACUUUUGUUUCA